UCAGGAGACAGUAAUUGCUGUUUUUCUCCACUAUCAGCUGCAUGUGUUGUUGUUGUUAAGUAAAAACUAAGUUUUAAAAGCAAAUUCAUACUUUAGUGAUUCACUUGAGGAUCACUAUCCAGAAUAACAUGCUUUCUCAAAGGAGCUGACAAAAAGAGGUGUCCUUCUCAAAAUCAUGUAAGUUAUUUCUGUUUUACUUACAGAGCCACCUCUUAUACAUUUUUUAUUUUAUUUUAUUUUUUUAUUAUUAUUAUUAUUAUUUUUUUUUUGUGCUGUCUAAUAUUGGUCUAGUUUUGGUCUUUCUGAUAGACCUAGUCAAAGUCAUUGUUAUUUUUGUGAUUCUGGAUGAUCAAGGAAGCCAUUAACCUUAUUUCAGCCACAUUUUAUGAUUUAUAUUUAUAUUAUAAAAUAUGAUCAAUGUGUUAUACAUGCUGAUGCUGAAGCACAGAGUGCAUUGGAGUCUUUUGAAAAUAUUAAAAUAAAUUUGAGAAAGUUUACGAACAAAAGGGAAACGAGUGCAUAGUGUGCAUGCUUGCUGACGUCACAGCUGAUUUCAUUUCCUCAGACGUAGCAGUUUAAUGCAAAGGAGUUUACAAUACCUUAAGUUUACGUGCAAUUUAACCUAAGUUCAAAAACAUUUGUUUAAAUACACUAUAUGAUAUUAUUAGGGCAUCAUGAAAUUCAGUUGCUGCUUCAUCUGUGUAUUCACAGUGCUGAUAAACAAAGUGUGUCUAGAGGUCACCAUAGUUGCUGUUACUGGUGGAUCUGUUAUCCUGCCGUGUUCUUCAGCUAAACAUAGUCAUGAACUCCAAGACAUUAAUGUGCAUUGGAGACACAGUGGCAGCACAAUUGUGUAUGAUAUAACUAAAGGUAAAGACUUAAUAGCAAAACAGGAUCAACGGUUCAAGAACAGAGCUGAAACUUUCCCUGAUGAGUAUGUUAGAGGAAACUUCUCCAUCAGACUCAUCAAUCUUACUGAUGCUGAUGCAGGAAAAUACAUCUGCUACAUCACACACUCAGAUGAAUGGGAGAUUGUGCAGCUGAUCAUCAACGGAACCAAAUCAACUGUCCAAGAAGAUCAAGGAACAGAUACAGGAGCAGGCAGUGUGAGGACAUCAUUGUUCUGGACUGAUGUCAGAAGAGCACAACUAACUUCUGCAUAAAAUACCAGUAACUCCAGAGCCCCCAUACUGGUUUAAAGUAAUGCCUCAUGUUUUAUUACAUACAGAUAAAUGUGUGUUUUAAAAUAAAUUGCGAAUUCACAGCUUAAAAAAAUAAUUGACUUAAUAUUUUACAUAUAUUUAGUAGUACAAUCAAUUUCCAAAAUUUGUUUUCUACAUAUGACCUUCGACCUUUUUUUUAAGGAUUUUUGGCAAAAAAUAAUUUACCCUAUUGGGACAAAGUCAGUUAACUGACUUUGUCCCAUUAGGGUAAAUUAUUUUUUGCUAAAUUGUCUUAAAUUUCACACACAAUCAAAUGCUUUUUCUGGAAAAAAAAAAGAAAAAAAAAAAAAAAAAAAAAAGAAAAGGUCUUAAGGUCUUACUGUUUCAAAAAAACAUUAAAAAUCUUUAUGAUUUAUUUGAUAUGGAACUCACAAGUAAAAAUGUCUAAAUGACACAAAUUUGGAUGCAAUUUCACUGCCUGGAAACCAUGUCUUAGUGUUUCAAAAGCAUUAAAACAACUUUAACAUUGUGUUUCAUCUUAAAAUUUCAAAUUAAUUAUCGUAGGACAAGUGAAAGUCAACACGAUUCUUCUUUUUCCACACAUAUUCCACACAUAAGCAGAUUUUGACUUGUGCAGUCAUCAUUAGUAAAAUUGGCAAAAACCCCCAAAACAAACAAACAAACAAAAACACUUCAGAAAACAUUUUUGGAUGAGCAAUUAUAUUUUUAUAACUUAGAUGUAUAUGUAUUUUUUACUUUUGAGCAUUGAGAGCAUGUGACCUGACAUGUCUCCUUUGCUACUGUUACCAAAAAAUUGAAGCACAUGGCAAAUAAAUGUUAAUAAAUGUUAAUAAAUGGGGUGUCAUGUGACAUCACUACAAUUAAAUUUCAUUGGUUGAACAUUAAUAUUGUAUUUAAAUUUUCUUAGCGUCAUUUAUAAAUGACCAGGUCUCCUUUUCUUCUUACUGUUUGUGGUGAAAGAAAGCAAGCUCUUUUUUUUUCUUUUCUUCUUCUAUUGUUAUGUUGCACAUCAGCAACAUAUUAGUGCACUGCUGCCUCUCACUGGUGUAUUUAUGUCAUUGCUUCCUUUGUGGUUACUUGGAUAGUUUAAGUAAGUCAAAACAGCAAGUAAGUUGUUUUAUUUGCCUUGAAAGUAGCUGUAACUUAAUGAAACCUAGUAAGUAUAACAACUAAGUAAAGAUAACUAAUUAUAUCUAAGUAAGAUAAACUGUUGGAUUUUACAGUGUGGGUCAUCGUGUGACUUUCUCAUCACCACUGCUUUUGCUGGUUAUCAGUGUAUUACAAAGGUACAAAGGUACCAAACAGAUUUCAGUACCUUUUAUUUUGGAUGUGAUUAAUCACAAUUAAUCAUUGCCCAGCACUAUUUAGAACAUGUUUUCUGUAGUCAUACACUACAGGAGUAUAAAUGAGGGUAUAGACAUUCAAAGCAAUAUAAAUGUUUGUGAAGGAGCUUAUACAUGCAUCUGAAAACUUGUGGAGCAUUUUGACGAGUUGAGGACAACUGUGAGAACUGAGACACAGAAAUGUUUAGAGGUACUGGCACUCAGUGGUUAA